AGCGGGCGGCGCGUCGCCAUGCCGGUGUGACGGGCGCCCCCGGCUGCCCGCGCGGUCCCCGGCGCUGCCCCACACCACGCCGCGCCGGCGCCGGGCGGCAGGAUGGGCUGUAUCCAAAGCAUUACCUGCAAGGCGCGGAUCCGGCGCGAGAACAUCGUGGUGUACGAUGUGUGCGCCACCAUCGACCAGUGCCCCACGCGCAUCGAGGAGACCUCGCCCAUCGUCCUGCGCUACAAGACUCCCUACUUCAAAGCUUCAGCCCGCGUGGUCAUGCCCCCCAUCCCCCGCCACGAGACCUGGGUGGUGGGCUGGAUCCAGGCGUGCAACCAGAUGGAGUUCUUCAACACCUACAGCGACCUGGGCAUGUCAAGCUGGGAACUUCCUGACUUGAGGGAAGGGAGAGUAAAAGCCAUCAGUGACUCAGAUGGGGUGAGCUACCCUUGGUACGGGAACACUACAGAGACUGUGACCCUGGUUGGCCCCACCAACAAGAUCUCCAGGUUCUCCGUCAGCAUGAAUGACAAUUUCUACCCCAGUGUGACGUGGGCAGUGCCAGUGAGUGACAGCAAUGUGCCUCUGCUCACGAGGAUCAAGAGGGACCAAAGUUUCACUACCUGGCUGGUGGCCAUGAACACCACCACCAAAGAGAAGAUCAUUCUGCAGACCAUCAAGUGGAGGAUGAGGGUGGACAUUGAGGUGGACCCUCUUCAGCUCUUGGGGCAACGUGCCCGGCUGGUAGGCAGGACUCAGCAGGAGCAGCCCCGGAUCCUGAGCCGGAUGGAGCCCAUCCCCCCCAACGCACUAGUGAAACCCAAUGCCAACGAUGCCCAGGUCCUCAUGUGGAGGCCCAAGCGGGGGCCACCUCUGGUUGUGAUCCCUCCCAAGUAGAAGCAGACUGGCCUGACUGUGUGUGGAGCACAUGCCACUGAGACACGCAGGGAGGUUGCCAGGGGUGGCAGGAGCCAAACUGAGUUUCUGAGCCAAAGCAGACCUCGCAGUUUGCCAGCCUUUGCAGCCACUUGUGAAGAGUGGAGCUGCUCUUUGGGUGGUAGAACCAUAAUCCUUAGGAAAAGUCCCUUCCUUUUAGGAAUAAAGAAAUCACUGAUUUGACAGACUUGCUGUGAUUACCAUGCAAGUAGCCAUAUUUUGGAGCUGACCAGGAUGAUUCUUUUAUCUGAACUCUUGACCAUUUCUUUCCUGUGAGAUGCAGGGGAUGGAAACGAAACUAAACAGUGCCUGUGGUCGCCUAGUAGGACAAGGCACCCCCAGGAGCAGAACCACAUGGCAGAGACUAAAGAGGAGGAAAUGAGCAGUGGCUGGUGGCUCCAGAAGCUGAAGCCCUGGACAGCUGACUUCCCAUUAAAAUGGAUGCCAUCCUACCUUGUCUCCUCGCCAUCCUCCCAUCCCUUCAUCCCAUGACCUGUACCCUCCUCUCACCCCACUAUGUGCCGUGCCGCACUCCCCAUGGGCUGGCUGGGCUGGCUGGCUGACUCCUGGGGAGCUGUGUUGAAAUAGGAGUUGUGCCUGCUGUAUCUUUUUGUGUGGAAAGAUUGGGUCCAUCCAGAUCUCAAGUCCAUCCCCACCCCUCUAAGUGAAGCUGGGAUAAAUAGCUGGUCAGCUCAGACUUCAGACAUCUAAAAUAUUCCAGCAUCGGUUCCCAAACCCUGCCUUCCUUCCCUACCCUUCUGGGUGAAAAACAGAGGGAAUGUGUAUCUCCCCUCUUUCUCCCUUCUCUACAUGUGUGACCACCGUUAAUAGUCUCUCUAGAUUGCUCUGACCCUUGGAGAACCAGGGCCAAAGCAAUCCUCUUUCCCCUACAUGGCCAGGCUGGGUGCCUUCCAGUGACCAAGGGCAAAGAGUAUGUCACCAGGAUCAGAGGGGUGAGGGAAAAACCACCCUAAAAGGGCAAAAACUGUGUGCAUUGUUUUCUUUAUUGCCUUGCUUAUUGUUUGAUCGAUUUAUUACACAGCGAAAAUCUACUUCCAUUUUUGAAGCAUCCAGCCCCAGAAUUUGUCUUCUUGACCCCCAGGGCACAGUGAAUUAGUCCUCUUUGAAGUCACAGAAGACGGGGAAAAUUCUCUCCCUUUGCCCAAACAGCUCCCCUUCACACAGAUUUUCAAUCAGAAGUGGGGUUAGAAACUACCAGUGAGUGAGGCUGUAAAGCCACACAAAUCAGCAGAGGCUCGACUAUCCCACAGAAGCUCUCAGAACCCUCCCGCCUCCCCUACCCCUUCGCACCAGCCCUCCCCCUCUCCUCCUUCGUGUGCAUGGUGGGGAUGGGCCAGUCAGCUCCAGCCUCACCAUCUCAGAACUAGACUUCUCAUUUGCUGUGGUGCUGUCUUUUCAACUAACACCACGUGCAUGUUAGAGACACGUGAGGAGCUUACCAAAAAACCCAUGCUUGGUCCCCUCCCUGAAUCAUUCCAGCAGAAUCUGUGGGGUUAGAGCCUGGCACUGCUGUUUUUAAAAAGUCACCCAGAGGAUUCUACUAUGAGACUUGGGUUGAGAAGCCCUUCUAGUGUCUUCUCUCCUUUGCCCCUCCUCAAAGCCACGUCCUUCUUCCCCUAUUUCCCAAGCUUUCUUUGGCACCAAGAAUAAGAAAAGGCCAUUGAGGAAUUAUGACUUCUCUCCCCAGUCCUCCAGCCCUGAACCUUCCAUCUCUGCCCCUUCCCACAGAACCUUCCACAUUAGGUCAACCUACCUGAGCAGAUCCCUGGAGGGCUAGUGGGUCCCACCAGUUCUACCUGGAGACUGGUGCCUGCACCCAGCCUGGGGGCUGCUCUCAGGUGACUUCUAGCUGUCCUUGGAGCAGAAACUUACCUUUGCCAUAUUCCCUAGCCAUUUGCCCUUCCCCCAGGCUCCCAAACUCCAACGUUGGAGACAUUUGGGUCUCCAAAUCCCAAUCCAGGUGGGAAGGCCCAUACCCAGUCUUAAUAACCCAAGCCUUGGCCAUUUCUGCAGAGCCACCUGAAUUGAUUGAAGGUUCACUGAUACAGAGGAAGGAGUCACAUUGUCCCAAGCCAGUCCUUUCCCCAAAAAUCGGACUGCAUCCAAAUCCCAGACAGCUAAGAAGAAACACCACACUUACAAGGUUUCCACUGCUGAGUGUGAGUAAAUGUGUGUGUGAAUGUGGUGUGUGUGUGUGUGUACACAUGGGCACACAAUAUAUAAACCUUAGAGAUGCUUAACUAUAUACUAAGUUCAUAAUGGGCCCAAGUGAAUUCUGUAUUAGAUAUAUACACAGAAUGUUGUAACAUCUACAAACUGUUAGACACCCUCCCCCAAACAUACACUCACACACACACACACACACACACACACACACACACACACACACAACCUAAGGAAACCUGCAAUGUGGGAAGAGUUUUUUGCUACCCUAUCUCCCCCAUCUGAGUAGCCUCCCAGGGCAAUUAUUAUGUCACCCACACUCCCAGCUGCCCAGCCUGUCCCCCUCUCUGCCCCCCACCCCCUGCCGCCCUAUCCCACAUUGCCAAGCCUUCUUUCCCCAUUAGUCAGAAUGUCCCUGCCCUAAGUCCCAGCUCUCAGGGUCCUGCUCUCUGGUAGGUGACAGACAGUUUAGUCAGGGGGUGCUAAAGAGUUGAGCGGUACCCCUCCCGGGUGGCAUUUAUGUCUUAAUAGGGGCUACAGAUAAUGCCUUAAUCCAAAGGAGUGGCUCUAAUAGUGGGAAUUUCAGGCACAGUAGUGGGCCAGUAAGGGAGAUUAUUUUUGUAUCAGAGGGGGGCUUUUCGGAAGCCCCCAUCAUACCUAUCUCUAAAAAUCAAACCUUCAUUAGUGCAUAAGCACAAGCAAGCACACUUAAAUUAUAUACAUUUUCCACAGUUUUGAGACACCUCCCUUCUAUUGGCCCUAUCUUUAAAAAUGGGGGAAAAAAAAGAUUAAUUUAAAUCUCACUGGGAAAUGUAGCCUAUUUUUCACUGGCUUCCAGCCAUCUGGCCCACCCGACCCUGUUCCAUUCCCUUUCUGCUCCUUCUCUUUUCAACUAUCAUCACAUCAGUUCAUUGACGUGUGUCCUCUCUGUACCCUCCUUACCCACCUUCCUCCAUGUACUUCCUCCCUUUCCUGUUCCCCCAGCGGGAAUUGUGCUGUUUUUCAGUGUCGUCAGGACAAAGAGCAGGUUAAAAGCAUGAGCAUGCGUAUGUCACUUUGAAGAAAGAGAACCCAGGUAUUCUGCUACAGUUUGGAGCAAACCCCCAUGAAGGAAGAGAUGAAAGCUGGCUCUGCAGAGUGCCUUAAAAAUGACUUUAUUUAGGAAAUUCUGAGUCGUCAGUCUUUGGAUGUUACAUGAACAGAUGUUGCAUUUCACUUCUCUGGGAUUAAAAAAAAAAUGUUAAAUACAGUAUGUAUUCAACAACGGUAACGAAGUAUCUUUUCUCUUUUAAUCUGGUCCUUAAAGAUGCAGUACCCGAUUUUCCAAAAAGCCCAGGGAAGGUCCCAGGAACAAGGGCAAACACAGGAGCCCUGCCCAGCUAGGAAAACUGGCAGACUAAGGCAGACUGCUGCAGUCAGUGUUGGUCCAGAAGGCAAGUCUAAGAUGAGAAAGAAGCUGGCGGACAUUGAGUAAGGAGCAGAAAAGGGUCCUCACCCUUCUCCCUGAUGAGACACAAUCCUAGCCUGUAACUCCGUGCUGGGAAAGUGGGGGAGAGAACAUUCUAGAAACACAGAGGUUAAACCUUCCCCUUCCAUCCCCUCCCACCAUCUCUCCUUCCUGAAGCACCCUUCGACCAGUUUCCACUCCACUUUUUUCUAAAUUGUUGUCUUUUAGCUUAACACUUGCCACCCAAGUUCUGAUUAAAACAAGAUAUUUGGAAGUGUCUGAGCUCUCGAAGGCAAUUAAGGCUUCUGGGAUGCUACCAGCACUUUCUCAUAGCUAAAGUUUCAAAUAAUCAGACCACAGCUAGGCAAGAGGGGGAAGUGUAGUCGGGAUGGAGAUCCUGAACUGUACCUGGAUUCUGAAAACCCUUUGGGGGUGGCAGAAACCCACCCAUCAGAUCCCUGUUCUGCCUCUCCCUAUGGCCUCACCCCAUGGCCUCGCCCCAGCCCUGCUUUUCUGCUUUGGAAGCCAGUGGCUAGUAGUGUUUGGUGUCAUCUAGGUAACACCUGUUCUCUCCAUCACACCUUUUAUUCAAAUCUGUCCUGGCUAUUUUAAAUAAGAGAUGUGACCAUUCUACGGGGCCAGCAGUUUUAAGAGGGCUAAGGGUGGCUAGUUCCACUAGUUCAUAUUCUCUCCCCCCCCACACACAGGACCACCACCACUCAAUAGAGGAAAAACAAGAAAGAAAGGAAAUCCAGAUACUAAAAUAAAGAGUAGUUAACAGAGGUUUACACUCCCAGAAAAAAAAAAAAAAAAGAGUUCUUUAUCAUACAUGUCAUGAGGCAAGGGGAGUACAUUUUUAAACAUACACAUUUAUAAUCUAAGACCCCCCCUAGAGUCACCAACUCAGCCAAGCAGCACAUGCUCAAUUCCAUGGGGAGCAGCUUUGUAGACAUAUUUUAGGAAAGGAACUCCUGCAUCUUCUCCAUCAGAAACAUGAGCUGAGGUAUACACUCUGGGAGAGGGCAAUUUGCACUUUUUCCCUAGAUCAUUCAUUCUGAGAAAUAAACAGGGCACUGGUGAUGGCUGAGCACACCAAGUGUGUAUGUGUGUGUAUACGCUGGUCUCCUCCACCAUCCAAAAGCAGAGCAUGUCAGUGAACCCUUUCAUUAACCGAAAUCAAAGAAGCAAUUACCUUAGGACACAUUUUGCUAACGGAUGUACAGAACAAACCGAGGUAAAGCACAGAUGCUCCCAGACACAGUUCAGAGCCACGGUGUUGUGAUGCUGAGAUGCUGAGUGUAGUUCCUGGGGAAGGAGCUUAGAGGUGCCACACUCACUGCUCUGUUUGAGCGCUGCCUCUAUAAGGGCUCCUGCAAAACAAACACUAAACUUUCCCUUUUCACCUUUAAAGCAAAAAAUCUGGUGGUCUAGAGGGUUAAGGAUCCAGCGUUGUCACUGCAGCAGCUCAGGUCACUGCUGUGGCACAGUUUCCUUCCCUGGCCAAGGAACUUCCACAGGCCACAGGGAAGCAAAAAUUCUCUUCACAUUUCUUUUUGUCAGCAAAAAUAGGUACUAAUAUAGGUCUUUCAUAAAAGUGAGGUAUCAUAGAUGAACUUACCAAAGCGGGAGAGAGAUCCGUUUUUUGAUACUAUACAGCUCAAAUCUAUGAAUGAGGUUUGAGAAAUACAGUGACAGUCAAGGCAAACAGAAAAUGUAAGUGGCAUUUCUUUCUCAC